ACUAGUGACCGGUCGCCAUUUUGAGAUUGCAGCGAAAGAGGAACUUGAAGAAAUGCUUCGUUGUGCCGCCCGACGAUUGGUAUCUCCCUCCUUAAGAGGAGCUUAUUCCAUGUUGGGUGUUGCAUCUAGAAAGAUGAGUAGCAAACCUAAGGAAUCUGAUGAGGUGUUUGAUGCAAGAUGGCAAGCUUAUUUCUCAAGACCUGACAUUGAUCAUUGGGAGCUGCGUAAAGGGUUGAAUGAACUCUACGGACAUGAUUUGGUGCCAGAACCUAAGAUCAUCAUUGCAAUGCUGCGGGCUUGCCGUCGUCUGAAUGACUAUCCCAUGACUGUUAGGAUUCUAGAGGCUGUUAAUGAUAAAGGUGCAGGAAGUAGUGAAAUCUACAACUACAUUCUCAGUGAAAUCAAACCCACCAUGGAGGAACUGGGACUAUCUACUCCAGAGGAACUGGGCUUAGCAAACUGAUGUUAAUGAUAAGAUCAUGUGGUCGUGGUCAUAAUUCCAUGGCACUUGAUGCAUAUGCCACUGUGUUAAAAAAAGUUUGAAUACAUUGUAAACUGGUUUAUCUCAAAAUUGCAUUGCAGUUAUAAUAUUUUGUUGUGACAGUAACUUGAUUUUGUAAUUUUAGCAAUUUAUUGCAUCUAGACCAUCUCCUUCAUUUUAAAUAAAACAAGUGUAAAGAGCUACA